AUGUUCCGAUUCACUCGAAAAUUCACCACCUCUGCUGCUGCCCGAGACGCCUUCAAGGUCACUCUCCAUGGCCGUAUCGCGAAGGCCCCCGAGACCCUGACCUCCGCUGCUGGCAACCCCUACAUCAAAUACACCGUUGCUAUCAACGACUUCCGAGAGGAUCGACCCGCUUCUUUCAUCUCCGUCACCUCUUUUGAGGAUCGAGCCGCCCAAUUCCUCAGCGUUCUCAAGACCGGAACCCCCGUCAUGGUCACUGGAAACGCUACCUACCAGUACCCCCCCAACUCCGAGAUGGGAGAUGGAAAGUACCCCUACCUUAGCGUCACUCAGAGUAAGUAUCACAGAAUCCGUUACAAAUGGUGCAUCCGAAGCAAUUGA